AUGGGGAUAGAACAUCUCGAUGCCUUUGGUCUCGAGGGCACAGAGCAGAAGUUUGAAGCGCUCCUGACCCGUCUGUCUCAGCCCCCAGGGUUCACCACUGUCAGGCUGAACACACACCUGGCUUCUGUGGAAUGCAUUCAAGAUCUCUUGUCAGAAGAGAUACAAAAGCAGUUGAAGGACUUGCGAAAAUGUGACGUCCGCAUCCUCCCACACCCAAAACUUCCAGAUGUUUUGCUUAUUCCUGUGAUUGGUCCCAGGGAAACUUUAGCAAGGUAUUCCUCAGAAGUCAUAGUUGGUGUUCAAUGCGGCAAUGCUGUCCUACGUGGGGCCCAUGUAUUUGCACCUGGUAUCGUUUCUGCUCCAAAGUUUAUGAAGGUUGGGGAUGUGGUGUCCAUGUUUUCCGAUAUUGAUGGCAAGUGCACAAGGGGAGCAAUGGAGUUCCAAGGAAACAAAGUUUUUGUAGGAAAUUAUGGGAAUUCAAGCCAGAUUAAUAUACAUUUAAAGGGUUGUUUAUAUCAUUACAAUAAACCUAGAGGCCAUUAUAAGCAUGGCAUUUCGGGUAUUGAAGGGAGAAUGUUUGUUGCUAAAUUAACCUUUUUUUUAUUUUUCUUCAGAGGUAUUGGCAUAAGAAUGACAAAGCCUGUCUGCCUUAGUCCUUGCUUUGACAAGGUACUCUCAAACCAUAUCUUUUUACAGAACUUGCCAUCUGUGGUCGUGGGUCAUGUCCUGGCUCCAGUACCGGGAGAGAGGAUACUGGACAUGUGUGCAGCUCCUGGGGGCAAGACCACUCACAUUGCAGCUUUAAUGCAUGACCAGGGAGAAGUGAUAGCCAUGGACAAGAUAGCAAACAAGUUGGAGCGGAUUAAACAGAAUGCUGCGCUCCUGCAGCUGAAGUGCAUUAAAGCAUAUUGCUUCAAUGGGACAAAGGCCCUUGCCACUGACGCAACUGGGAACUCAACAGAUGGCCCUCCUUUUUCUCCUGAAUCCUUUGACAGGAUACUCUUGGAUGCACCAUGCAGUGGCCUGGGUCAGAGGCCCAAUAUGGCCUUUACUUGGAGUCUGAAAGAAGUUCUGUCUUACCAGCCGUUGCAGCGCAAACUUUUUGCUGUGGCUGUGAAGUUGCUGAAGCCAGGAGGUGUUCUGGUGUACAGUACAUGUACCAUCACGCUAGCUGAAAAUGAAGAACAGGUUGCCUGGGCACUGCAGACCUUUGAGUGUCUCAGACUCCAGCCACAGGAGCCCCAUCUUGGAGGUGAAGGCAUGAUGGGAGCUUGCCUGUCACGUGACCAGCUGAAGCAGCUGCAGAGGUUCGAUCCUGCCUGUGUGCCAGCUGAGGGCUUCAGAUUCAACCCAGAGGAAGAGGAAUCCAGUCAGAGGACAGAGGCAGACUUUAUACAGCAAGCCAACAAAGACACUAUAGGCUUCUUCAUUGCAAAAUUUGUUAAAGUUCCAUAAUACUUGGUUUAGAAACCCUGUUUUGUUUAUUGAUUACCAGCAUACCAUGUGGGGAGGCCUCUAUACACACAAAAAGAUUAUCUGAAUGUAACUCUGCAGCAGUUGCUAUAACAACUAACUGACGACACUGCUGCUAUGACAACAGCAGAUGUGCUAGCUGCCUAAGUGCAGUCAGGAAAUACAGUGUUGAAAGAGGUCAGAAGAGGUUUUAUUGCUCGAGUUCCACUGUCUGUAGGAAUAGACUGUUAAGUUAACUGGUUUAAAGAUGGGUAACUGUCUACUACAGCAUUACAACACACUGACCAAAAAGAAUAUCGGAAACAAUGUAUGGCAGUCUCAAUUCUAAAUACUGUGAUAAAUGUGACUUUUUGAUGUAAGGAUUUGUUGUCCAA